UUUUAAAGGACCUUUUGCGGGUCCAGGAUGAAAUCAACACUAUUAAGGAUACCUAUGUCACGAAAGGUCAGUUGGAGGAUUUAAGGAAUGAAAUGCAACUAAUGCAACUAUCCUAUAGGAAUGCGUCUCCACCGCAUAUUCCUCUGUCUACUAUUAAUGUAAAAAGGGGUGCUUGGUGUUUACAAGCAGACAGUGGACCGUAUGGUAUGUCACAACAUCUCAACUCAACCCUAAACGAUAAUGCCACCUUCAUGAAACAAAAUGAGCCAAUGCCUAUAAAUCAAAAGGAGGAUAAUCUGCAAUAUAGAACCAUUUUGGAUGAGUCAUCGUCAUCUGCUCCAAAGGAACCUACAUCCAUAUCUAAAUCUAUUAGUACGAGUAAUAUACAGGCCGUCGAGAGUGAUAAGGAAAAUAAAGUGACUCAAAUCGAAACCGGUUCGCUUCGAAUAACGGAAAGUCAGGCGAUCAGAUGUUCUACCUCCGGCGCACAAAACGUCAUGAUUAGCAACAGUGAUGCGAUAAGCAAAGAGUGCUUGCAUGAGAAACAGAGGGAUGAAUGGAAAACAGUUACUUACCGAAAAAAGAAAUCUUCAAACCGAUUUAAUGGACAGGUGGGAACAGCGACUUGUGAUAUCAACAGCAAGUUCAGAGCGGCAGAGAAACAGAUUCCUAUCUUUAUAUCAAAAAUACACCAGGAUACGAAUGAAAAUGACAUAAUAGAUUAUAUAAAAAGAAAAACUAAUGAAAGUGUCACCUUAGAAAAAAUCAUAAUGAAAAAGAAACAAAGUCAUAAGGCUUUUAAAUUUUUUGUAUACGAGAGUAAAUUACCAUUAUUUCUUGAUACUAGCCUGUGGCCUAAAGACAUUGUAUUUAGGCGAUUUGUGCAUUUCAAGCACAGAUAUACGAACAGAGUUGCGACUGAAGGCGGCACAACUACAUAAUUUAAUAUAACAAUGGAACAACGCACAAUUAAGUUAACUAGUUUUAAUUGUAAAAGUGUCAAACGAUCAGUCGACUACGUUAGACAACUUUGUCAAUUCUCCGAUAUAAUUGCUUUGCAGGAAACGUGGCUAUUACCUACUGAAAUUCCAUAUUUAGGCAAUAUUAGCAGCGAUUUCUCGUUUACGGGAACAUCUUCGGUGGACACAUCCUCUGGUAUGCUGAAAGGGCGACCGUACGGCGGAGUGGCACUUCUGUGGCGAAGUAAUCUGUUUCAAUGCGUAUCAGUGUUACAGUGUAGUAAUCCACGCAUAUGUGCGGUUAAAAUAGUAAUUAGUGAUCGGCCGUUUAUAGUUGUCUGUGUGUACAUGCCCACGGAUUGUUCAGACAAUUUACCCGAGUUCACGGAUUGCCUUAGCGCGGUGAGUGCAUUAGUGGAUGAAUGUGAAGUGGAAUCGGUUUAUAUCUUAGGAGACUUUAACGCACAUCCAGGUGAGUUAUUUUUCACGGAACUAAGUACCUAUAGUGAUGAACAGGGCUGGGUGUGCGUUGAUAUAAACAGAUUAGGGCUUUCUUCUGAUACCUACACUUUUAUCAGUGAGGCGCACGGGUCUAGGCGCUGGCUAGACCACUGUAUUGUGACACAAUCGGCUAUACGUUCUGUUCGGAAUGUACAUGUUAAGUGUGACGUGGUCUGGUCUGACCACUUUUCCCUCAUAGUGGAAUGUAAUAUAGGUGUAUUGACACCUAGAAUAACUGCUGCGCCACUAAAUAACACUAAUUACGCAAUAUGGGGGGAGAGAACAAAAGAACAGAUUGCGGCAUACACAAAAGAAUGCGAUAACAGGUUAGGAAAUAUCCAUUUUCCUUCUGAUUUUAUUCAUUGUGGUGAUAAAUGCUGUAGUGACCCAUAUCAUAAAAUAAUCUUAGAUGACAUGUAUAGGGACAUUGUAUCAGCACUCAGCCAGUCUGCUAUAGUUAGUAAGGGAAAUGGGGGACCUAAGAAAAAGAAUAGAAAUCGUAUGGUGGGUUGGAACAGACAUGUGAAAGAUGCUCAUUGGCGGGCGAGGCAGGCAUUUCUUGUGUGGGUGUGUAGUGGCAAACCUGUAGUAGGCACUGAGUACAAUAACAUGUGUGAAAGUCGACGUAUAUUCAAGUCUCGACUGAAAUGGUGCCAAGAUCAUCAAAAUCAAAUACAAAUGGACAUAAUAGCGUCACAACACGCAAAAAAAGAUUUUAAGGCAUUUUGGAAGUCAACUAGCAAGCUAAAUGCUAGGCCUGGCCCGCCGGCGAGCGUUGAAGGGGUAGCGGAUCAUGAGACUAUUGCUAAUAUAUUCAGAGACCACUUUAUUGUGAAACCAAGCAUAACACCGUCACGGGAAAGAGGGGCCUGCGUUGGGGCUAUUGUGGAUAGACAGGCGACAAGGAUAUCAGUCUCAGAGGUAGCCAAAGCCAUUAAAUCCAUGUCUGGUGGUAAGUCACCUGGUCACGAUGGCCUCAGUGUGGAGCAUCUACGGUGUGCUGGUCGUCAUAUCCUGCGUGUACUUGCAAUGUUUUAUUCUCUGUGCGUAUCCCAUUCUUACCUGCCCCUCGACUUAAUAAAAACCGUUGUCAUACCAGUGGUGAAAAAUAAGACAGGAGACCUAACUAGUAAAAAUAACUAUAGACCGAUAUCGCUCGCUACUGUUAUGGCAAAGGUACUGGACGGUGUGCUUAAUGCGCAGUUGAAUAAAAACCUUUUGUUGCAUGACAAUCAGUUCGGGUUCAGGCCCGGGCUGUCAACUGAAAGUGCUAUCCUGUGCCUUAAGCAUACCGCCGCGUAUUAUGUUGACCGGAAUACGCCAGUGUAUGCUUGUUACCUAGAUUUAUCAAAAGCGUUUGAUCUGGUUUCCUACGAUAUACUGUGGAAGAAACUAGAGGGAAUUAACUUAGCUCCCGAUCUGAUAGGUAUAUUUAGAUAUUGGUAUGGAAACCAGAUCAACAACGUGAGAUGGGCAGGUACAUUGUCUGAGACGUAUAGGUUGGAAUGUGGGGUGAGGCAGGGGGGGUUGAGCUCACCAUCACUUUUCAACCUAUAUAUAAAUGAGCUUAUUGUCGCGCUCAGCAGCAUGCAUGCGGGCUGUCACAUAGACGGGGUUAGUAUGAACAACUUGAGCUAUGCCGACGACAUGGUGCUGUUGAGUGCGUCAGUCUGUGGCAUCAGAAGGUUGCUUAAAGUAUGUGAGGAUUAUGCACACACGCACGGACUCAUGUAUAAUGUGAAUAAAAGUCAGUACAUGGUGUUUGGGGUCGAGUCUAAAAUACCAUCUGUAAUACCUACUAUCAAACUAAACACGGUUGCCCUGCAAAGGGUAUACCAGUACAAGUAUCUAGGUCAUUUAGUUACUGCCGACCUCAAGGACGAUGCUGAUAUAGAACGGGAACGUAGGGCCUUAUCGAUCAGAGCUAAUAUGAUUGCACGCAGAUUUGCUCGGUGCUCAAAGGAAAGUAAAGUGACAUUGUUCAGAGCUUUUUGCACGACAUUUUACACCUGCAGUCUGUGGCGAAAGUUCACCUUGAAGUCGUAUAAGGCCCUACAAGUACAAUAUAAUAACGCGUUUAGGGCGCUGAUGGGGCUGCCGCGAUAUUGCAGCGCGUCAGGGAUGUUUGCGGAGGCGCAUGUGGCGUGUUUUAAAGCUACUAUGCGCCUGCGAGCCGCGUCCCUGGUGCGACGCGUCCGCGCCAGCUCCAACAGCGUCCUAGAAAUGAUUGCGGACAAGUUUUGUCCGUAUAUCACAUUUUGCUGCGGACUUCAUACGCCCGGCGGCACUGUGGUAAACACAUUGAGAAAUAGAUGAAGGGUGUCAAUGUGUUUACCACAG